AUGGUGAACCGAUCCAGUCCUCGGCUAGCCAGGAAACGGGUAUCCGAUGAAGUCGAGGGAGUUUCCAUUUCGAAACCGAAAAGAACAUCUUCUAGAACGCCGAAUGGACGAAUCUUGGCAUGCAGCUCUCAGGCCGCGAAACCGUACAGAAAUCCUAUUACUGGAGAAGUUGGUAAUAAUUUACCGCAACUGUCAAUUUUCUUGUAUUUCCUUGGUUUGUAGUGCUACGAGUAGUAUUUUAGGGAUCAACGAACCUCUGAACAAGACGCACAUCGUUGGUGGAUCGACGCGGCGGAUAAGCACCAAAGUAUUACCGUCUGAUCCUUUUAAAGUAAUGGCAAUUCCUGAGAAUAUCGGGAAUUCUUAUAAAAUACUUCGAAAUGUGAAGCAAUUUUAUGGUAAGACCCAAAGGUUGGAUAAUUGUUUCUUUAGAUUGGCAAGUGGAAUGUCUAUGUGAUCAUCGAAUGCUUAGAGGAUCCAAUUUCAUUCUGUCCUUGCCUACUGGAGCCGGUAAAACAUUGGUUGCAGAAUUGUUGAUAAUCAGGACAUUGCUGACUUUGAAAAGAAGUUGUAUUCUGAUUCUCCCCUUUGUAGCCAUUGUUCAAGAAAAGGUAGGAUUCUGAUUUAUUAAAAAUCUUUUGUUUAGACUACAGGAUUGCAUAAGUUAGAAGAGGAAAUGGGGUUCAGUAUCGAGGAAUAUGCGAAUACCCGAGGGCGUAUUCCCCCGUUGAGAAGAAAACAAAAGUCCUUGUAUGUCUGCACGAUCGAGAAGGCUAAUGUGUUGAUUAACUCUUUGAUCAGUGAGGACAGAAUUGGUGAAAUUGGCCUUGUUAUUGUUGACGAAGUGAGUUAUUAAAGUAUUAUGUUGUAGUUAAUUUAGUUGCAUAUGAUCGGAGAGAACAAAAGAGGAACCAUUCUAGAGCAAACUCUCAAUAAAUUGCUGUUUAAAGGGAGUUGUCAGAUUGUGGGAAUGUCUGCGACGUUGAGUUCCUUGGGAAAACUCAAAAAGUUCCUCUCGGCCCACAUAUACGCCACGAAUUUCAGACCUGUCAAAUUGAAUGAAUUUAUGAAGAUUGGAACUCAACUCUUUUAUUAUAACGAAGAAAGUGGAGGGUUCGAUUACAAGAAGGAUGUCAAAAGAUUGGUGAGUCUCUGUUUAUUAAAUAAUAUUGGUUUAGUUAGAUGCGAAGGUAGAUCCGGAUGGUCUUGUGCCAUUGAUUGCUCCCGUCAUUCCCCAAAAGUCGAUUCUGAUAUUCUGUCCGUCGAAGGAAAACUGCGAGAAUCUGUGUCAGAUGUUAUCCAGGAAUGUACCAAAGUAUGCCUUUUGUAUUAUGGUUUUAUUUCAAGGAUACACCGUUAAAUAUACUUCUUUAGACCUGUUCGAGACCAUCGGGCAGUAGAAAAGUUGGAGAUCAUUGAACAGAUAAUGGAGAGCAACGAUGGAGUGAUCUGCCCAGUAAUGAAGAGCGGGAUCAAGAGUGGAAUCGCCUAUCACCAUUCCGGAUUGACGAGGGAUGAGAGAAUUUUAGUGGAGAAUGCAUUCAAAGUAAGAUUGCCAUUGAUUGCUGUUUAUCUUACUUUAGAGCGGAAUCAUUUGUGUGAUUUGCGCAACCUCCACAUUAGCUGCAGGCGUCAAUCUCCCUGCCAGAAGAGUGAUUAUAAGGUCUCCAAAAGUUGGCCGGGAUUUCAUUGGAAAGGCCCAAUAUCUACAAAUGAUUGGGCGGGCGGGCCGUGCAGGAUUGGAUGAUCAAGGAGAAAGUUUUGUGAUUGUCCAGGAAAUGGAAAGGAGUAAUGUAAGUGUGAUAUGAAUUGCAUAAAAGUAUUUAUUUAGUUUCUAAAAAUGAGGUACGAUGAGUUGCCGGAAAUUGUGAGUGGUAUGGCAGAUAUUGCCAAAUUGGAGAGCUUUAUCCUGGAUUUAUUAGCUCUGAAAGUUUGCAAAAAUGAAGAAGAUAUCCAGGCUGCCUUGCGAAUGUCAUUUUUGGAAGAUGAAGAUGCAAUUAAAAUGAUAUCUGAGGCUUUGGAGAGACUCAUUAAAAUGGGAAUGAUUACUGUAAGUCUUGAUUUUUAUUUUUUUAAGUUUUUAGGAUGAAUUAACAGUAACGGAAUUGGGUCUGGCGUCAUCGAAAGGAGCCUUUGAACCGACUUCUAGUCCCAAUAUUUAUAACGAACUGGUCAAAGCAUUAGAUAAGGGUAAGUUCUUGCUGUUUAUAUUGUAAUUAUAAUUCCCAAGAAAACAAUUAUGAACUGAAUCAAGGUCUGGUGCUGUCGUCUCACUUCCAUUUAUUGUGCACCAUCGCUCCGUUGGAUGUCGAUCUACCAGUGGUCGAUUUCAAUUUGUUUUAUCAAGAUGUAAGUAAUUUAUUCUACUUUUAUUCGUAUUUUAGUUCAACUCGCUGUCAUAUGGUGAGAAAUUGCUGCUGGUCGAAUGGGGAAUCGACCACAAUUCGAUUAUGAAAUGUAUCAUUUCCAGACCCAGAUUGGUAGGUUAAUUUAGCGUUACGCAAUGAUCUCUUGAAGAACGCAGGGGAUUACCGUUUACGUGUAUAUAUUGCCUUUAUGUUACGUAAUCUCUGGGCGGCCGAGAAUCUUUCCACGGUCGCUGAUCGGUUCAAGGUGAGCCGAGGAUGGCUGAAUUCUACAGUUCAAUCAGCCUUAUCUUACGCUAAUCAGCUAACCCGGUUUGUAAAUGUAAGUUGAGUUUAGAUUACUAUUGCUGUUUAGGAAGUACCUCAACUCUGGGCAUAUCGUCAGCUUCUACCUGAACUCCUGCAGAAAUUAAAUGUCUGUGCUCGACAAGAGCUGGUCCCUCUUCUAGAGAUCGACUGUGUUAAGAGGUCUCGAGCUCAACAAUUGUUUGAUCUCGGCUACAAGAAUGUUGGAGCUGUUUCCAGGGCGACUCCGGAAGAAUUGACUCGCAAAAUUAAGUGCCUUGGAAUGCCGCAGGCGCAAAGAAUCGUCGCUAGUGCCAAGGUUGGGUAACUCGAGUCAAUUGAAACUUUUUUAAGGCAAUAUUCCGCGAUUUGGUAGCCGAGAAAGCUGAAGAAUUGAAGCAGAUUGGACUCCUGGAUGGAGAUGAAACCAAGGAUAAGGAAGAUCUGGUAGUCAAAUCAGCCACUCCUGUCAAGUUCAGGCCGCGGCAUUCAGAGAACCGAGAGAACAUGUUGAGUGAAUCCUGUUGA